AUGACCUCUGUCGCCGCAAAACUACACUUCACGAGAUUCCAUCCCCUUCCAUACAGCCAACCGUUUUGCGCGUAUUGCCUAACCCUGCCUCUUCACUGCCUGACUGAUGGAAGCGAGGAACGAUAUCAAAACACCCGCAUCCAUAGAGCAAAUCAUGACGAGAAGGACAAUGGGGAAGCAACUCUGGCGAUGCAACACCAACCGGGCCUGGCAGAGAAAGACAUGUCAUGCGCACCACGUGGACCCUGUCCUGUCCCUGUCACCGUCUCCUUCACUUUUCGCUGUACGGAUACGCUGUGCCUUCUCGUCUCAUGGUCAGGUCUCGUCCCGCCCGCCCGCUCCCUGCUCUUCCGCCCACCGAGUAGCAAGAUCGGCUAG